UUGUCUGAAAUUUUGAAGCAGUUCCCACACACAUACUGUAAAAUGGCUGUGCUGCCGGUUAGAUUCACCAAAACCAAGAGAGACAAACUGGCCCAGGUUUUGUGGGUGCUGAACUGGAUUUCCAUUGUAACAGGAAUCAUUCUCUUUAGCUUGGGCAUCUUUUUGAAAGUGGAAAUCAACAAGCGGCAGGAUCUAAUGGUUGAGCGUAACCUCCAAUCCGUGCCAAACAUGCUAAUAGCCGUGGGACUUAUAGCCUGUGCGAUUAACUUUUUGGGAGGAAAGAUCUGCUAUGACUGUGUGGACACCAACAAGUUCUUACGUUGGAAGUUGGUGAUGCUCCCGUACAUCAUUUGUACGUUUUUCUUCACUUUGAGCGUACUCGUGGGUGCCUUGAUGUGCUACAGCAUGCUUGGACAGCUGGAGGAAUCGCUAACAUUGGGGCUACGUGAUGCUAUGCGUUACUACAAGGACACGGACACACCGGGCCGCUGCUUCUUGAAGCGCACAGUGGACCUGCUGCAGAUCCAGUUCCAGUGCUGUGGGAACAAGGGCUACAGAGAUUGGUUCCACAUCCAAUGGGUCAGCAACCGAUACUUGGACAUGUCUCAACGGGAAGUGGUAGACCGUCUACGGAGCAAUGUGGAGGGAAAAUACUUAAUGGAUGGAGUUCCCUUCAGCUGUUGCAAUGUCAAUUCUCCUCGGCCGUGCAUUCAGUACCAUAUCACCAAUAACUCUGCCCACUUUAAUUACGACUACCAGACAGAGGAGCUCAACCUGUGGAUGAGAGGAUGUCGUCAGGCUCUGCUAGAUUAUUACACCAACAUCAUGCAUUCUAUCGGCCUCACUGUUCUGAUCAUCUGGCUCUUUGAGCUCUCAGUGCUAACAGGGGUCCGUUACCUCCAAACGUCCCUGGAGAAUGUUCUGCGACAGGGGGACCCCGAGUGCGAGUCUGACGGGUGGCUCCUGGAGAACAGCUUUGUGGAAACCGCUCGCACUAAUUUCAACAUCAUCAAACACCUGGGCAAGUUCAAUCAGAUCAACACAGCCAGCAAUGGAGAUCCAAACAUUGAUAGACCAUCUACAGCACAUUACGGUCCAGAUAAUGUGCCUCCGAAGCCUUCUCCCACGAGCAGUUAACCCUCCAGAAUGCUCCUUCUGGUGAGAAACAUUACAUAAGCUACAGAGGACUGCUGGACUCUGAUGCUAUAUGAAAAUGAUUAGGUGAAAAUUGAGAUGGCAUUGUAAAGCAAGAACAGAGUGAUAUCACAACAUACUGAAGUUCUGUUGUAAUUUAAUGUGAAAGAACGUAAGGCAAAGCAUCAUGGGGCCUUCAUAGUCUUAAAACCUUUAAAAUGCCUCUCAUUCAGCAUACAACAGUUCAAUUUGUUCGUGUUUUUGGCAAGCCGUUUUGACUUUUAUUCAC